CCCAGAGCAGCCCUCCCCUGCCACCGUCCUAUAAAAGCCACCACGCUGUCCUGGACCGAAGCACGUCCGCUCGCGCAUCACCACAGAAACGUCCACAGCACGUCCGAGAAACAGUCAUAAAUCAGAUGCAGACAGCAGUAUUUUAGCGCGGAGACCCGUAUACCAUGUGCCAAGCUUCGACCAAGUCAGAUCAAGUCCGUGCAAGCGAGCUAAAAUAGUUUCAGAAAAGCGCGUGUUCGUUAUCUCUUAUAUCUCUGACGACGUGUGCCAAAGAACUUACAAACCAAUCCAGUGACUAUGGCAUUGCACUGGUUCAUCUCAACAGUCUUCCCCACGCCGGCUACAACAGUGUUGGCGGUGUUUUUCUGUGUCUUAGUCACCACACGCCAUUGGUUGACGAGCCGCGGGAAACAACCUUUUCCUCCUGGACCUACUGGAGUACCCCUUCUAGGCUUCCUGCCCUUUCUCGGAAAAGACUUCCACAGGACACUGCAGAGGCUGGCCAAGAGCUAUGGGCCGGUUUACCAAAUUUUCUUGGGCAGCAAGCGAGUGGUGGUGCUCAGUGAUCCUAGCCUGGUACGCAAGGCCUUCAGUCAAGCCGUGUUUUCAGGGAGACCAGACACGGAACUCACCAAGCUACUGCAAGGAUACGGCAUCAUGAACUCCGACGGCGCCCUCUGGCGAGAACAGCGAGCAUUCUUACACCGGGUGUUUCGCGAGUUUUUGCCGAGACCUGGACGAGCAGGAUCAAUUAAACUCGAGGACAAAAUGCAGGUCCACAUUGACGAGUUCUUGGACAAUUUGGGUCCUUAUGAAGGUCCUUCCUCCGUCAUCCGACGUUCCAUUGCACGGGCAGUCAGCAACAUCCUCGGCUCUUUUCUAAUGAGCGUCACAUACUCGUCCCGUGAUUCCAAGUUCGAACAGUUACUGAGCCUCUUCGAAGAAGGAUUUCGGCUCCUCACCCUGGCCGUGCCCGUCAACUUUAUUCCGGCUCUCCGAUAUGUUCCGUUUACCAACCGGGCUUACAAGAAGGUCAAGAACAACAGGAUGCAAACCGCCGAUUACUUCCGGAACGUUGCUGAUGCUCAUAGGGACUCGUACAUCGACGGCAAAGUGCGGGACGUCGUGGACGCUUAUCUUGUGCAGUUGAAGGAUAAGGAGUCAAGGGAUGGCAAGACAACGUAUUUCUCCGAGGAGCAGCUGAUUCAAGUGCUCAUGGAUAUCUUCAGCGCUGGUCUGGAAACAGUCACUUCGACCCUGGAGUGGGCCGUUCUCUUCCUAGUCCGCCACCCAGAAGUCCAGGAGAAGAUUCGGGAAGAACUCAGAGGAGUCGUGGAUCCGGGGCGUAACAUAUCGACCAAUGACAUGGCCCAUCUUCCUUACACAGAAGCCACUAUUUUAGAAGUCUUACGAAGAGCAAACGUCAUUGCGCUCGGCAGUGCACACUCCACUCUCAGUGAUGUUGAGCUUGCUGGCUACCACAUUCCAAGUGAUACUCACGUCAUUUCCAAUCUAUGGGCGAUCCACAUGGACCCCAAUCUAUGGGACGAUCCGGAGGCCUUCAAGCCGGAAAGAUUUUUGCAGGACGGAAGAGUUCAUAAGCCGGAUUACUUUAUGCCCUUUUCUGUUGGGCGUCGCAUGUGCCUCGGAGACGCACUCACAAAGUCAGAGAUGUUCCUGUUCCUGACCAACCUUGUUCGCUCGUAUUCCCUCGACCUGCCGGAAGGAGAGGAACUCCCGUCCAUGGAUGGUCACGUUGCCAUAUCCCACACGGCGGUGCCAUACAAAGUCAGGAUAACGCCACUGAAGACACCCGCAUGAUGACGUGAUCCUAUAUAGCGUCCAACGAAUGACGCGUCCUUAGGCAUUCCGUGCAUACUGCCGCCGCCGCCAAGACAGCUGUACUAUGUGCUGGCGAACGGACUUCGGUGCUUCAAAUAUUUCCCAGUGAACACAUGAUAGAGCAAGGCUGUGCUGUGCGCUACGGCAAGCUGAUACCGCUAUGUUGCUACGUUGCUAGAAAUGCCCGCGUCCUGCAGAAGGUGCUGUCCACUAUCUGCGGUCAGUGUUGUUCCUUUUGGGCCUCGUUCACGUGACCGCUUUCGAUUUUUACCCCGAAUACGCGGACGCGACGGACCGUUUUGUCCGCUCCGUAUACGUUACAUCCGUGUUUCGGCCGUUUUUGUUGUCCCCCGUAUUCGUUUUUUUUUUUUUCCUUCAUUUUUCGUGGACUUGUAUCGGGGAGACCGAGAAAAACAAAAGAAAAGUAAGGCUGCAUCUUUGGGCAUUGUGCCAAACGGGGUAGCUUUAUGAGGUCGUCACGUGACCACACUGGUCUGAGGGUGUCACGUUGCGGGUGACCCAAUAGUAGCUCUUUUUAGAAACAUCUGACAAGAACGGUGCGGACACAGGCGUCCGUUAAAGGGGCGGUAAAGUGACAAAACCUCUCCUCUCGAAAUCAUACGUGCCGUUACCUUGAAAUCAAUGUAAAAGGAACGGAAGUCAUCCGUUGCGCCGUUAGGGAAUUAUGAGAGAAGGAAACCGCAAUUUGCGCUUUCCCCUCUUCCCUCCUCUUCCUUCUCCUCCUCCUCCUCCUCCUCAAGAAGCGGAACGGCGUCCUAUUGGUCUCUCUUCAGACGAUUUACCCAUUCGUAGCGGGCGAUCGUUUGAGGAGGAGGAGGAGGAGGAGAGAAAGAGAGAUCACAAAAAUUACGAACGACGCAACGGACAAAUUACGUUCCUUUUGUAUUGGUAUCAAAGGAACGACGCCUUUGAUUCUGCGAGGAGAGAUCUUUGCACACACUAGCACCCCCUUUAAGAACACGGAUGUGUAAAUUGGCCCCAUCGACUUCUACGGUGCAGUGUGCUUCCGCCAGAAAACGAAGGGCACACGUGCAAGGAAAGCUAUGUCAUGCGAACGAGCCCAUAUAUACUGGCAUUUCUUGCUGGGAUGAUGCCACUUGUUUCCACCGCGCUGAUUGGUAUGCAAGUGUGGGUGUAAGAUAAGGUCGGCGUGAACAUCCACAUGUCACACGCUUUUAAUGUGGCGAAAAUAUUCAGCUUCCUGCCGCCCCAUGGGACUUGGUUCUAGAGUAGAUUGCGGAUUCGCCGCAGUCAGUAUUCACUGCUGGAACCAUCAUUUUGCCCCAUGACGGGUUCCAAGACGGAUCUCCGUAACUAUGAUCUCGUGUACAUAGGUAGUUCUUUACCCAAGUUAUUGUUGUGUCUUGUGAGUGUCAUUGUUAUGACUGUCUUCUUAGCAACUUUUUGCUAAGUCAUCCAGAUGUAUAUAAAUAAAGCCCUUGCACAAGA